GCUGUCCACUUGGUCCCACCGUUGGACCAACCACUCCACGUGCAACAAUCCACCGCAUGCACGGUUUCACCAUCAUCGGCAAGUUCGCGGCAACCGAGUCGGCAGCUUCGCCGCCAUCUAUCGUCGGGGAUUCGACAACAUGGUCAAGACUUGAAGAGCUCGACCCGUUGACGUUUGCAGACUUCCAAUGGAUGCCCCUUCCCCGGUCCAGUCGAUUGCCGAAACCGCAUUGCAACGUGCUCAUGGCACAAUUGCGGGAUUACUUGCACACUGCAGUACCAACUCCGUUGAUGGAUGCCGGAGUAGAGGUUGUCGACCUUCACGCCUACAUUGCGAAGAUCGACCGCGAGUUCAAGACACAACGGCUGGAUUCGGCCAGCUCAUCGCCAUACGGUGCUCCUCUUCUCUUCGUCCGGAAGAAGAACAAGGAUUUGCGGUUGUGCAUCGAUUAUCACAAGCUCAACGCGCAAACGGUCAAGAACGUCGGCCCUCUUCCACGCAUCGACGAUCUUCUCGAACGGCUGGGCGGCGCCAAGUUCUUCUCCAAGCUCGACCUCAAGUCGGGAUAUCACCAACUCGAGAUCCGGCAGGAGGACCGCUACAAGACCGCGUUUAAGACGCGAUAUGGGCAUUUUGAAUGGCUGGUUACGCCGUUUGGCCUUACGAAUGCCCCAGCCACUUUCCAAACGGCUAUGACAACGGAGUUCCGACACAUGCUGGAUCGAUUCGUACUUAUCUACCUCGACGACAUCCUGGUGUACAGCUGGAGUUUGGACGAGCAUGUGGAACACCUGCGCACCGUUUUGGAGCGGCUACGACAAGCCAAGUACAAAGCCAACCGCUACAAAUGCGAAUUCACGCGGCAGGAGCUGGAAUACUUGGGACAUUAUGUGACGCCGCAAGGCAUCCGUCCGCUUGCGGACAAGAUCAAGGUCAUCUGCGUAUGGCCCGAGCCCACCAACACCACGGACGUUCGUUCAUUCAUGGGGUUGGUGGGCUACUAUCAGCGAUUCAUCACCGGGUACUCAAGGAUUGCUGCACCUAUAACGAGAUUACAAUCGCCAAAGGUGCCAUUUGUAUUCGAUGACGACGCACGCCGGUCAUUCCAAGCACUCAAGACGACCGUGCUCAUGGCACCUGUCCUUAUCAUCUACGACCCCACCCUGACAACCGACGCUUCCGGCUAUGGCAUUGGGGCAGUCUUGGAACAACACGACGGCGACCACUGGCACCCUGUGGAGUAUUUCAGCCACAAAGUGCCUUCCCAUCAAUUCGCUUGAUGAUGCAAGGAAGAAGGAGUUGCUCGCGUUCGUGAUGGCUCUCAAGCGA